AUGGCUCCCAUCGCCAUCGACGUCAACAAGGAGCCCAAGGCAUCUGACCUUGCCGCUCUCACCGCCGAGUUUGACGGCACUCUGCGCUUCUACCUCAACGGCACCAGGGUAGUUCUCGACGACAUCGACCCCGAAGUUACUGUCCUCGAGUAUCUACGCGGCAUCGGCCUUACCGGCACCAAACUCGGUUGUGGCGAAGGCGGCUGCGGCGCCUGCACCAUUGUCGUCUCCCAGUUCAACCCCACCACCCGCCAAAUAUACCACGCCUCCGUCAACGCCUGCCUCGCGCCCCUCGUCAGCCUCGACGGCAAACACGUCAUCACCAUCGAGGGCAUCGGAAACACCGAGCGCCCUCACCCGACCCAGGAGCGCGUCGCGAGGGGAAAUGGUAGCCAGUGCGGCUUCUGCACCCCUGGCAUCGUCAUGAGCUUGUAUGCGCUGCUGCGCAACAAUGACGCCCCUACGGAGCACGACGUCGAAGAGGCGUUUGAUGGAAACCUGUGUCGCUGCACGGGGUAUCGCCCAAUCUUGGACGCUGCGCAGACGUUUAGCGUGAAGAAGGGCGGCGGGCGAACAAACGGAGGCUGCUGCAAGGACACCAAGACGAAUGGUGUCUCGAAUGGUGUUUCGAACGGUGCUUCCACAGAUACAAAUGGCGCAAAUGGAAAGAAAACUGGAAGCGGCUGCUGCAUGGAAAACGGCAACGGCCCUGCCAGCGGUGGAUGCUGCAUGGACAAGAUGAAAGACGACCAGCCCAUCAAACGCUUCACCCCACCCGGCUUCAUCGAGUAUAAGCCCGACACCGAACUUAUCUUUCCACCGCAACUCAAAAAGCACGACAUGCGGCCUCUGGCAUUUGGCACAAAAAAGAAGACGUGGUACCGCCCCGUCACCCUCGAUCAGCUCCUGCAAAUCAAGAGCGUCUACCCACAGGCCAAGAUUAUCGGCGGCAGCACCGAGACGCAGAUUGAGAUCAAGUUCAAAGCACUGCAGUAUCCCGUAUCCGUCUACGUCGGCGAUAUUGCCGAGCUCAGACAGUACAAGCUUCACGACGACCACAUGGAGAUUGGUGGCAAUGUCACUUUGACGGAUCUGGAGAAGCUGUGCGAGACGGCCAUACAGCACUACGGUCCGGCUCGUGGACAAGUCUUUGAGGGUAUCCUGAAGCAGCUCAAAUACUUCGCCGGCCGCCAGAUUCGCAAUGUUGGUACACCUGCUGGCAAUCUUGUCACGGCCUCGCCCAUUUCUGAUUUGAAUCCUGCCUUCUGGGGCGCCAACGCCGUUCUCGUCGCCAAGUCGGCCUCGGAAGAGACGGAGAUUCACAUGUCCCAGUUCUUCACUGGGUACCGCAAGACAGCGCUCGCCCCUGAUGCCAUUAUUGCAUCCAUUCGCAUUCCAGUCACGGCUGCCAAGGGCGAGUUUUACCGGACCUACAAGCAAGCCAAGAGAAAAGAUGACGACAUUGCCAUUGUCACCAGCGCCUUGCGCGUAAAGUUGGACGAUGCUGGCCUUGUUCAAGACGCAAAUCUCGUUUAUGGCGGCAUGGCGGCUACCACCGUCUCGGCCAAGUCGGCCGAAGAAUACCUCAUUGGUAAAACUUUUGCCGAGCUGGAGACGCUUGAGGGUGUCAUGAGUGCGCUCGGUAGGGACUUUGAUCUGCAGUUCAGUGUCCCCGGCGGAAUGGCUUCGUACCGUAAAGCACUCGCUUUUGGCUUCUUUUAUCGAUUUUACCAUGACGUGCUCUCCGCUUUAGACGGAAAGAAUGCGGACAAGCAGGCUAUCGACGAAAUUGAAAGAGAGCUGUCUGUGGGCAAGAUUGACCACGACUCGGCGCAAAAAUACGAGCUCGAGGUGACGGGCAAAUCGAAUCCGCACGUCGCCGCCCUGAAGCAGACUACUGGUGAGGCUCAGUAUACCGACGAUAUUCCGCAGAUGAAGAAUGAGCUGUAUGGCUGCUGGGUUUUAUCGACAGAAGCCCGUGCCAAGAUUCUGUCGAUUGACUACUCCAAGGCUCUUGACAUGCCUGGAGUGGUCGACUACAUUGACGCCAAGGACAUGCCUGACGAAGAGGCCAACAAGUUUGGCCCACCGCACUUUGAUGAGCGCUUCUUUGCAGAGGGUGAGGUGUUUACGGCUGGUCAGGCAAUUGCCAUGAUCCUGGCCACUUCUGCCAACAAGGCGGCGGAAGCUGCUCGCGCGGUCAAGAUCGAGUACGAGACUUUGCCUUGCAUCCUCACCAUGGAAGAGGCCAUUGAACAGGAAAGCUUCCACCCCGUGUACAGGGAGAUGAAAAAGGGCAACACUGAAGAGGUGUUUAAAAACUGCGACCACGUCUUUACAGGCACCGUCAGAAUGGGCGGUCAGGAGCACUUUUACCUCGAGACGAACGCCUGUCUGGCUGUUCCGUCGCCCGAAGAUGGUGCCAUGGAGAUUUUUUCGAGCACGCAGAAUGCCAACGAGACGCAAGUCUUUGCGGCGCGCACCUGCGGCGUGUCGGCGAACAAGGUCGUCGUCCGCGUCAAGAGAUUGGGUGGCGGCUUUGGCGGCAAGGAAUCGCGGUCCGUGAUUCUCAGCUCUGUCGUCGCUCUGGCCGCCAAGAAGACGAAGCGUCCUGUCCGGUGCAUGCUCACGCGCGAAGAAGACAUGCUAACCAUGGGCCAGCGCCAUCCAUUCUUGGCGCAUUACAAGGUCGGCGUCAACAAGGACGGCAAGCUCCAGGCUCUAGACCUGUCCGUGUACAACAAUGCCGGCUGGACAUUUGAUCUCAGCACCGCGGUUUGCGAGCGUGCCAUGGCGCACGCCGACGGAUGCUACAGCAUCCCCAACGUGCUGAUCCGCGGCCGCGUCUGCAAGACCAACACCGUCUCCAACACGGCGUUUCGCGGCUUCGGCGGUCCUCAGGGCAUGUUUAUCGCUGAGACGUACAUGGAAGAAAUUGCCGACCGUCUGGGCAUGCCGGUGGAGACGCUUCGCGAAAUCAACUUCUAUAAGCCCGACGAGGACACGCACUUUAACCAGGCGCUGCAGGACUGGCACGUGCCCCUCAUGUACAAGCAAGUCCACGAGAGCUUCCGCUACGCCGAGCGGCGCCGAGAGAUUGCGCAGUUCAACGCGGACAACAUGUGGCGGAAGAGAGGAUUGUCGAUUAUACCAACCAAGUUUGGCAUCUCCUUCACCGCGCUCUGGCUGAACCAGGCGGGCGCGCUGGUGCACAUUUACCACGACGGCUCGGUGCUGGUCGCGCACGGCGGCACGGAAAUGGGCCAGGGUCUGCACACCAAGAUGGUCAUGAUUGCCGCGCAGGCGCUCUCCGUGCCGGUGGACAGCGUCUUCAUCUCGGAGACGGCGACCAACACCGUCGCAAACGCCUCCCCGACGGCAGCCUCUGCGUCGUCGGACCUCAACGGCUUCGCCGUGUACAAUGCCUGCGCGCAGCUCAACGAGCGUCUGCAGCCGUACCGCGCAAAGCUCGGCAAGGAUGCGCCAAUGAAGGACCUCGCGCACGCCGCCUAUUUCGACCGUGUCAACCUCUCCGCGCAGGGCUUCUACAAGACGCCCGAAAUUGGCUACUCCUGGGCUGAAAAUAAGGGCAAAAUGUACUUUUACUUUACCCAGGGUGUCGCCGCGGCCGAAGUCGAAAUCGACGCCCUGACCGGCUCGUGGACUUGCCUCGAAACCGACAUCCUCAUGGACGUCGGCCGGUCCAUCAACCCCUCCAUCGACUAUGGCCAGAUCCAGGGCGCUUUCGUCCAGGGCAUGGGCCUCUUCACCAUGGAAGAGUCGCUGUGGCUGCGCGCCGGCCCCAUGGCCAACCAGCUCUUCACCCGCGGGCCCGGCGCCUACAAGAUCCCCGGCUUCCGCGACAUUCCGCAGAAAUUCAACGUCGCGCUCCUCAAAGACGUCGAGUGGAAGGAGCUCCGCACCAUUCAGCGUAGUCGCGGCGUCGGCGAACCUCCGCUCUUUUUGGGAAGCGUUGUGUUUUUUGCGAUUCGCGAUGCAUUAAAGGCGGCGAGGAGAGCUCACGGCGUCGAGGUAAAGGAGCUGGGCAAGGAUGAUGAUCAGGGCCUGCUGAGGCUGGAGAGCCCGGCGACGGCGGAGAGAAUCAGGUUGGCAUGCGAGGAUGACAUUAUGAAGAGGGCGAGGGUGACGCCCAAGGAAGGGGAGAAGAGCUUUUUCGUGUAUAUUUAA